AUGAAUAUUAUAGGUAGUCCUCUAGCGCUGAAAAUGCGCACAAAAAUAGACAAUCGGAUACGAACACUUAUCGAAAAUGGCGUUGCUAAAGGACAUCGAAGCAUGUUCGUCGUUGUCGGAGAUAGAGGAAGGGAUCAGGAAGGCGAUCCCUUUGAAGUUUUCAUUUCCACUACGAAGAUUCGCUAUUGCUAUUAUAAUGAGACGCAAAAUAUCCUUGGAAACACUUAUGGAAUGCUGGUAUUGCAGGAUUUUGAAGCAUUGACGCCAAAUUUAUUGGCUCGUACCAUUGAAACCAUAGAGGGAGGAGGAAUUGUUGUAUUGUUGAUGAAAACUGUCAACUCAUUGCGGCAACUUUAUACGAUAACAAUGGAUGUGCAUAAUCGCUAUAGGACAGAAUCUCAUACACAAAUAGUUGCUCGAUUUAACGAGCGGUUUAUACUCUCGCUUGCAAGCUGCAAAAAUAUCGUCGUAGUCGAUGAUCAGCUGCAUAUUUUGCCAAUCUCCGGUCACAUCCAGUCGUUGGAGCCUGUUCAACCAUCCGUCAAGGGCGCACUAUCAGCAUCUGAGGCAGAGCUAAAAGCUCUCAAAGAAGGCAUGAAGGAUACGAAACCUGUUGGACCAUUGUUAAAUAAGUGUCGAACGGCUGACCAAGGAAAAGUUCUUCUCAGGCUCCUUGAUGUCAUUACUGACAAAGAUUUGAAUGUUACUUGUUCUAUAACUGCAGCCAGAGGGCGAGGAAAAUCUGCCUCGUUAGGCUUGGCCCUGGCUGGCGCAGUUGCAUUCGGUUACUCUAACAUCUUCGUUACAUCGCCAUCGCCUGAGAAUCUAAAGACCUUAUUCGAAUUUGUAGUAAAAGGCUUUGAUACGAUGGGCUAUCAGGCAAGUCCGCUUUUGAUAAAAUUCAGUUUAUUAGGGGAUUUAGCACUUGAACAUAUCGAUUUUGAGCUCAUCCAGUCGACUAAUCCCGAAUUUCAAAAAGCUCUUGUUCGCGUAAAUGUAUUCAGGGAGCAUCGGCAAACGAUUCAGUACAUUCACCCAUCAGAUGCUGGUAAGUUGGGACAAGCUGAGCUAGUAGUGGUCGAUGAGGCUGCUGCUAUACCUCUUCCACUGGUGAAGGAGUUGAUUUUUGGUCCAUACAUUGUGUUUCUAUCAUCCACGAUCAAUGGCUAUGAAGGAACCGGCCGCAGCUUAUCUUUGAAACUUCUUCAACAGCUUCGGCAGCAGUCUGCUGGAACUGCUAAGGGAGAGAAAUUAGCUGCAAGCAAAGGAAGAAAGCUGCACGAGCUCACUAUGGAAGAAAGUAUAAGAUACAAACCUGGCGAUGAGAUCGAACAAUGGCUCAACCGAAUUCUGUGCUUGAAUGCUGCCAAUAUCAAUACAAAGCUCUCAUGCGGGACUCCACCUCCAAGUGAAUGCGAAUUGUAUUUCGUGAAUCGCGACACACUAUUCUCAUUCCACAAAGCUUCAGAGCAGUUUCUUCAGCAAAUUAUGGCAAUAUAUGUGGCUGCGCAUUACAAGAACUCCCCUAAUGACUUGCAGAUGCUGAGUGAUGCUCCUGCUCAUCAUCUUUUUGCGUUGAUGUCACCCGUAAAGGGAGAUCAAUCAUCUGUACCUGAGGUACUAGCCCUGGCACAAGUUUGUCUUGAAGGGAAUCUUUCCGAAGGAACUGUUGCUGGAGCUCUGGGUACGGGAAAGCGUGCAGCUGGUGAUUUGCUGCCGUGGACUAUCUCACAGCAAUUUAUGGACCAUGAGUUUCCGACUUUGUGUGGUGGUAGAGUUGUUCGGAUAGCUGUUCACCCAGAUUUCCAAUCUAUGGGUUAUGGCUCACGAACUCUCGAACUGCUUGAAGAGUACUACUUAGGCCAUGUUCCUUCUGUCGAGGAGAAUGUGAAGGAAAGCGUGAAGACAGUGAAGGAUGGAAGUACGGUAGCUCUGCUGGAAGAACAAAUUGCGCCUCGCACUGAUCUCCCUCCCUUGUUGAUGCGCCUCAGUGAGAGAAAAGCUGAGCGUCUUGAUUAUCUAGGAGUGUCUUUCGGUCUGACUUUGGAUCUGUUGAAAUUUUGGAAAAAGAGUGGUUUUGUCCCCGUGUAUCUGAGACAGACGCCUAGUCCCCUCACUGGAGAAUACACGUGUGCUAUGUUGAAGCGACUGAACGAAGAAAGCGACUCAUCUUCUUCGUGGUUAGCUGCGUAUUUUCGUGAAUUCCGGAAGAGGCUUCUUUCUCUGCUGUCGUUUGAGUUCAAGAAACUACCAAUCAAUUUGGGCCUGUCUUUGUUGCAAAUUCGAAACAAAGAAGUUCUAGCAGCGCUUCAAAAUGAUCGAAAAGUCAUCACUCGAGAGCAGUUGUCCAUGUUUUUGUCCAAUGUUGAUCUCAAGCGGUUAUCGGAAUAUGCGAGGAAUCUGGUUGACCAUCAGAUGAUAACUGAUCUGCUUCCAACUAUCUCAAAACUAUAUUUUGGAGAUAAUUUGAGAGAAAAUGUAAGUUAUUAAUG